GACGAACCAACUAACUGUGGUAAAAUAAUCUCAGAGGAUCUCAGCGUCCAACAAAAUGAAGACAAUUCUUCUCCUCUUCCUCCCACUGAUAACAGCAGGCCUCAGAUUUACAAGAACCCCAGAAGACCAAACAGGAGUCGAUGGGGGAGUGGCCUCCUUUGUGUGCCAGGCCACAGGGGAUCCACCACCCAACAUCGUCUGGAACAAGAAUGGCAAAAAAAUCCUAAACGAGAGAUUUGAGGCAACGGAGUUUGACAACGGGUCCGGCUCGAUCCUGAGGAUCCAGCCACUGAGGACUACCAGAGACAAGGGUAUUUACGAAUGUCACGCCUCCAACUCUGCAGGAGAAAUCACCGCCUCCGCCAGACUAAGUGUGCUACGAGAGCACCAGUUGCCCUCUGGGUUUCCCUCCAUAGACAUGGGUCCCCAGCUGAAAGUUGUUCAGCAUUCUCAGACCGCCACCAUGAUCUGCGCUGCUAGCGGCAACCCUAACCCAGAAAUUACCUGGUUCAAGGAUUUCCUGCCAGUCAAUACGUCAAGUAACAACGGACGAAUCAAGCAGCUCCGCUCAGGUGCCCUCCAGAUAGAGAUGAGUGAGGAGUCAGACCAGGGGAAGUAUGAGUGCGUUGCCACCAACAGAGAGGGGACACGCUACUCCAGCCCAGCUAACCUCUAUGUCAGAGUGCGUCGUGUCCCCCCUCGCAUCUCCAUCCCACCAGCAAACAGCGAGAUCAAGCCAGGGGGGAACAUCAACAUCUCCUGUGUGGCUGUGGGCUCCCCUAUGCCGUACGUGAAGUGGAUGCUGGGAGCAGAGAACCUGACGUCUGAGGAUGACAUGCCCAUAGGCCGCAACGUCCUGGAGCUGACUGACGUACGCCAGUCAAACAAUUACACGUGUGUCGCUAUGUCAUCACUUGGUGUGAUUAAGGCGGUGGCACAGAUUAUUGUGAAAGAUCUGCCGAAUGCUCCUGGUACCCCUGUGGUGACUGAGAGAACCGCAACAAGCGUUACACUCACCUGGGAGUCUGGCAACCCUGAGCCUGUUUCCUACUAUAUCUUACAGCACCGUGCCAAAGGUAUAGAACCAUACAAAGAGAUUAAUGGCAUCACCAAACCACUGUACAGCAUGGGCGGCCUCAGCCCAUACUCUCACUAUGACUUUCGGGUAGCUGCAGUUAACACCGUUGGCCAGGGCCCCUCCAGCGAGGUGGUGGAGGUUCUCACAGCCGAGCAAGCUCCCUCCUCGCCCCCUCGACGGGUCAGAGGUCGUAUGCUGAGCACAAGAACAGCAAUCAUCCACUGGGAUGAACCAGAUGAACCUAACGGACAGGUGGUGGGAAACAGAGUCUAUUACACCUCAAACAACACGCUGCCAGUCAACCAGUGGGAGAAGCAGAUUGUGCGCAGCACGAACUUCACCAUCAUCCAUGAUUUGACUCCUAACAAGACUUAUUACAUCAGAGUGCUGGCCUUCACAUCUGAAGGAGACGGCCCCCUGUCCCAGGACCUGCAGAUUAUGGCCAAGACUGGAGUUCCAUCCCAACCUUCAGAAUUUAUGGGUGUGGCCAAGUCUGAGACCAGUAUCUUGUUGUCCUGGGUAGCUCCACUCCAGGGUGAUUCCGACAACCAGAUCACAGGAUAUGAUCUGGUCUACCGACGAGCUGACGACACAGAGGAGACGAAAGUGAGCUUUGAGCCUACCUCCUCUUACCUGCUGAAGUACCUGAAGCCUUUCUCCACCUACACCUUUCAACUGGCUGCCAAGAGCAAGCAUGCAGUUGGGGUGUACACCAACGAGAUGUCCAUUGACACGCCACAGACACCAAGAUUUACACGAACCCCAGAAGACCAAACAGGAGUCGAGGGAGGAGUGGCCUCCUUUGUGUGCCAGGCCACAGGGAAUCCACAGCCCAACAUCGUCUGGAACAAGAAAGGCAAAAAAGUCAGCAAGCACAGAUAUGAGAUAAUAGAGUUUGACAACGGAUCAGGCUCGGUCCUGAGGAUCCAGCCACUGAGGACUAUCAUAGACGAGGUUAUUUACGAAUGUCACGCCUCCAACUCUGCAGGAGAAAUCACUGCCUCCGCCAGACUGAGUGUGCUACGAGAGGACCAGUUGCCCUAUGGGUUUCCCACCAUAGACAUGGGUCCCCAGCUGAAAGUGGUUGAGCAUUCUCGGGGCGCCACCAUGGUCUGUGCUGCUAGAGGCAACCCUAAACCAGAAAUUACCUGGUUUAAGAAUUUCCUGCCGGUCAAUACAUCCAAUAACAACAGAAGAAUCAAGCAGCUCCACUCAGGUGCCCUCCAGAUAGCGAUGAGUGAAGAGUCAGACCAGGGGAAGUAUGAGUGCGUUGCCACCAACAGAGAUGGGACACUCUACUCCAGCCCAGCUAACCUCUAUGUCAGAGUGCGUCGUGUCCCCCCUCGCAUCUCCAUCCCACCAGCAAACAGCGAGAUCAAGCCAGGGGGGAACAUCAACAUCUCCUGUGUGGCUGUGGGCUCCCCUAUGCCGUACGUGAAGUGGAUGCUGGGAGCAGAGAACCUGACGCCUGAGGAUGACAUGCCCAUUGGCCGCAACGUCCUGGAGCUGACUGACGUACGCCAGUCAAACAAUUACACGUGUGUCGCUAUGUCAUCACUUGGUGUGAUUAAGGCGGUGGCGCAGAUUAUUGUGAAAGAUCUGCCGAAUGUUCCUGGUACCCCUGUGGUGACUGAGAGAACCGCAACAAGCGUUACACUCACCUGGGAUUCUGGCAACCCUGAGCCUGUUUCCUACUAUAUCUUACAGCACCGUGCCAAAGGGUCAGAGGACCCCUACAAAGAGAUUGAUGGCAUCACCACAACACUCUACAGCGUGGGCGGCCUCAGCCCAAACUCCCACUAUGACUUUCGGGUAGCAGCCGUUAACACCAUUGGCCAGGGCCCCUCCAGUGAGGUGCUGGAGGUUCGCACAGCCCUCCUUGCCCCCUCAACAGGCCAGAGUUUCAUUAAACAAAAUGAAAUGAAAUAAUAUGAGGAGAUACAGAAGCAGAGCAACUCUGACAAAUGUGUACCCAAAACCAGCUACUCUGUGAUCAGCAAUCUUCACCUUUACCUGUCUGAUACUUUUGUAUAUGCAUUUGAUUGUGCCUCUAAUAACAGUAUAACGUAAUGCCAAAGGUUUUUAUUUGUUUGUCUUGUUGUUGUUGUUGUUGUGUUUGGACCAUUGCAAUUUGCAAUAUCCUCAGAACUAAUAUGCAAUCUGUGAAGUAUUUCACUCCAGUUUUAGAGCAUUUAAAAUCACAGAAUUUGUUCUCUUGUAAGUGUCAAUUGUUUAUUAUGAGAAAUGUUUUGGCUCUCAAGGAGCUUAUGACAUCCUUGCAUUUCUUGAACAUCACUGUUUGUCAGUCAGCGAUAGGGCUGGAAUUAAAUGAUUAUGUUCAUAGUUGAUUAAUCUGUUGAUUAUUUUCUUGAUUAACCAAUUAGUUGUCUGAAAAAUUCAACUUGUGGUAUUCUGUCCGGCUGAAGUCACGUUUCCUUCCUGAGUAAAAGAUAAAGAUGUGUGUGGUGAUGUAACAUGAUGAUUUAAACCCAGUGGCAUAUCAGAUCAAUUGAGUCAAAAUAAACUGCACUGAAGUG